AUUCGCAUUCAUAAGGCAAUCAAUCUUCGGCUAUCCUUCGCACAGGCAGCCAAUUCGGCUCCUUUUCUGGACCGGUUCCCAGUGUGGUGAUGGCGGUGUCCUGUGAAUUCAAGCAGCUGAGCAACUGAGCAGCUCCUGAAAUAUGCAGACAGAUGAGCCGGCAACAACCAUCACCCACGACAGCAACAAUGGCAAUGCGAUGAUGGCAAACUGUUAUUAUGCAAACAAAUUACAUGGCGGAUAUUUCACUGAGGGAAAAUAAACGUUUCGAAUUACAGAGCAAUGUACCAUAUGGGGAAUUAUAUUAAAAAUCCGAGAAAUACUUUAUAUGACUGUAAAAUUCUUCACGGCGACUAGAUUAAAAUAAUGGGUAAAAUACAUAUGGUAAUAUAAUCGUCCUGUUAAGGAUAAGCAUAAAAUAAAUGUAUAUGAAUCACAAACUAUUUUGU